UCGCUCCGCCCGCCCGGCUUGAAGAAUUCGGAGAACAAGAUUCUCACUAGCCUGGUGGUGCGCCCGUUUUCGGUCAAGAUGGCCGAGGUCAGUUGUCGGCUCCAGAGGGGGUUCGCGGUCGGCGGGCAGUUCGGAGAGAACAUCAUCGAAAUAGACACCUACGCUCGACUCGCCUCGAUGCCAGACCAGGCCGAAACCAACCUCCCCGCCGUCGUCUCGUACGAUUUCGCUCAGGCCUUCCCCUCUGCGGCGCACUCCUGGACGCACAAAGUUUUUAAGAAAAUGAAUCUCCCUGGGCCCCUGGAGCGGUUCUUCUGGAUCCUCUAUCAGAAUGUUCACUGCUUUGGGUCCCUCGGCGGAGCUACGGUGUGGCUCUUCACCAUCUGGUCAGGUAUCAUUCAAGGGUGCCCUGCUAGCGGUGCUUUGUUUGCUGCAAGGUUGAAUCCGUUCCUGCUGGACUUCGAGCGGAGCUUCGUUGGCAUGUCGCGGGGUGUGAUCCUCGCUUGCGCAGGUGACAUCGGCGGGGUGAUCAUGCGACUGAAGUACCUGACCGUCCUCUUCCGAAUCUUCAGCUGGGCCCAGCGGCUGGCCGCGCUCAUAUUGAAAACGUGCAAAUGCUUCAUCACCCCGCUCUGUGGCCCGUUCAGUGAGGAGCUAGCGUCAGUGUACCGUCGAGCUCUGGAGGAGUUCGUUCCGUCUUGGGCUGAUUUUGUGAUUGUCCCGAACCUGAAGUACCUGGGGAUGUGG